UGGUUGUGUGAUGCUACCCAGGUGUUCCAUGAUCUCUCAGAUAUACUGUACCUCCCCUGUAUCACUCCUGCUACGCUGUACUCAGUAUGCUGCCUCUCCUUUCAACCUCAACAAUCCAGGCCAACAACAGGAAAACAGGCAAGCAUACUAUAAUAAUACACAUAUCACAAUUUAUUACUCUGUGUAUUACCUGUACAGCAUUCCCCAUAAACAUUGAACACACUUUCCUAGCGCACUGGAGCCUCCCGCUGGAUGGCUAAUCGCCUUCUCCAUGCUUUGCUCCCAUGGAUCCUGCAUACCGAGAUCGGACGCGAGUUCUCUUCCUGGUGGAUUCCGGGGUUGCUCCUAGUUAACUAGUUAACUAGCGAAUACCCCAAAAUGACUCGUCGUUGAGGCAUUUACUGUGCAAUGAGAUCCAGUGAUGGACGCUGUACACCUCUUCUCCAACUGCAGAAUAUCUCGCAGGCAAACACUUGAUGCCCUGUGUUCUGCACUUCUACCUAGCAGUGUACUGCUAGUCUUGCCGGAUCAGGCUAGGCUUAGCUUUCCUGCCCGCCUGUCGUCAUCAUGCUACAAUCCAACCCUUCAACCUCCUAUCUUCCUGCCCUUCGCAACUCCACGUUGUGAUCAUCUCUAUCUGCCGACCUGAGACGUCGUUCUUUCUCCCCGCAUUACAGAGUAGUUCUUUCAAUCUAUCAACUUCCGUCGUCAUCCGUCAUGCCGCCAGACGAUACGGAACCCCUCCUACCCACCCACGAGGAUGCCCCCUCCCAGGUCCGUCCUCUGCAUCGAAAGCUACAUUCCUACCUCAUGCUACGUGCCCUCUCCGAUGGUUACAUGCCAUCUACUGAACAGGCCAUUGCCAACUUGCGUGCCCUCCUCGCAUCCGAUGCUCUGAACUCCAACGUUCCAGACAUCAGCCGCUCCGGUCGCCAACUCCUCCAAGAUUCCCGCUUGUGGCUUCAGACAUUCAUCGAUUUGUUGAGAGAGAAGAACAGUGACGAUAAGCUGCAGGAGUUUCUAUGGCGACUUUCCCAGCAGUCUCGAGCGCUACGCGAUACCCCGCGUGCCUCGCAAGUGGGCAUCGAUGUGGACCCCAGAGCAGCAUAUGACAGUCUUCAUGCCUUGGCUAGCCUACUGCUUACCAACGCCGAAUUCCGUCUCUUUGUCGAUGAUCUGGCAACCGUUGGCCGUCAAAUAUUUGCAGAUACAUCCUCCGCCGUAUCCGAAGCUUCUCAGCAGGUCGCGUCGCAGGUUCGACCAUCGCAGCAGGAACUAGAUACUGCCCACACCGCUGAUGUGCCAGAGGGUCACGGUCCAUCCGAAGAGGAUGUUCGCGGAAAGGCGAAAGCUGUCGCUGGCGCCACCCAGAACGGAGUAAUUCAUGCCCGCCAGAAAGCGGCGGAUAGUACCAAAGAAAAUGUAUCUGGAGAGCAGAGGGAGAUCCUGUUUUCUCGGUUGAGACGAGCCGUCGCAGCCAUCCGGGAACGCCCCGGUUACUCUGACACAUUUGAGGCCCUCAUGCAGCUAGGCCGGCGCUAUGUAAGAGUAUACUCUUCUGCAGCAGAGAAGACUGUGUCAAUCUCACAAGAGGCCGAUGCCGAUGAAGAAUUUAAGCAGACGGUGCGGCAGUUCUGGGCUCUACUCCGAUCGUUUGGUGAUCCGCAGGAGUGGGAGAGUCUCGAACAGAAGUUCAAUAAGCUGGUACAGCACGCCAACAGCGAUCCAGACUUCCAGCAGUUUCUUUCGGAGAUCGGAAGCGCAGUGCGGGAGAUGAUGACGGAUCCAAGCUUCUUUCAGUCUGCCCCACAAAAGAUCGACGAGCUUUCGGAGAAAUCAAAACAGCUGGCUUCUGAUUCUAGCUUGCGCCAAGACGUGGAUGUGUCUUUGGAGCAAGCAAAACGAACAUUGCGAACCGUGUCAGAGGACCGCGGGGUGUCCCAACUGACCAAUGCGAGCAAGAAGCUCUAUGAGGAUGCGUGGGCAGCGUACUGUGAUCCAAAAAGCCGGCUCCCAGAGGACAUUGCACAUAUUAUCCUUCCUCGUCUGCUGCGCACCCUCCAAUACAUUCCCAUUCCGCGAUUGGAGAUGGCCUCCCGUGAAAUAGACUUGCUCGUGGAAAAUCUGGUUUUCCAGCCAGGCUACAUAAACGAAUUUACGUCUUUUCUUCCAUACCGCAUGCACCUUACCACGCGGAAUGAUAUUGACGUCCUGAAGAAGCAUUCGAAGCGAGUUGAGACCGAUAUUAAAACCACCUUCACUGCCACGGUUGUUGGGCUGAAUUUCGCUGCCACGGACUUUGGGUAUUGGGUCAACGCCCAUGCGGGUCCUUUUCUUCGUUUCCAGGAUGAAGGUAUUGCUAGCUUCUACCUAGACAAGAGGGGCAUCGAUAUUUCCCUGGACGUGGAGGUGGGCCGGCGCCGCCUGGACCAGGUCUUCCGUCUCCGCGGUGUGCGUGUCCACAUCCACAAGAUCAGUUAUCAGCUACGACGGACCAAACACCGAUUCCUGCUGUGGUUGCUUAAACCGUUCCUCAAGCAGCUAAUCCGACGUGUGUUGGAAAGGCAGAUCGCGGAGCGGAUCGUUGAAGCUGCGACCUCGCUGAAUCGGGAACUGGUGUUUGCUCGAGAACGCUUGCGGGCCGUCCGCAUUGCCCAUCCACCGGACUUGGCCACCUUCGUCCGUGCUGUUCUAGCACGUGGGACUGGCACUGGCAGAUCCGAAGCACGUGUGGAUGUCGAGGACGUCUUCAGGGGGAUCUACACACCCAGCAGCGUUGUUAAGCUAUGGCAUGAAGAAGCGGAGCGGGCCGAGGCUGAAAUUCAGCGAGGGGAUCACAGCCCUGAGGGGGGCAAGACAUGGCGGAAUGCCGCGUUUGAUGUCACAGCGGUUCCAUUGUAACUUGGACUUUGUAGUGAUGGUGUAUCUGCUCUCCCCUCUUAAUUAUGAUGCUGUCUUGAUGGUAGUACAUGAGAGUAUGAU